UAUUUAAGCGUACUACCUAGUGCUUUAGUGUGCGAUUUGGGACGCAACGUUAUAGCAUGAAAAACGCCUGUUUGUGUAUUGUUCAGUGUUAUACAUAUUAACAUAUGUUGUUAAAUGUUAUACACUAUGUUGUUUUAUAUAUUGUAUUGUAUAAUGUUAGGUCAUUGGGAUGUGGAUUAGUGGAGCUGAGUUACACAAAUCAUAGAUGUGCAAAGUUACAUCAGGGAAAUCUACCUCAGGAGAUGCACGUACUUCCGGUUUUGGUGUAAAGAGACCGUCACACAAACCGCAGGAUGCAUGCAUCACACUCACUUUUAUUUUAAAUCAUAAAUGCAUUUAAUGAUGGAUGUCAUAAACAUAUUUAGUAUUAGUAAUUCAUCCAUGUAUUACAGGUACACUGUGUUUGCUUCUCAUUAAACAUUUAGGGCAUCUCUGUAGGCUGGAUGUCCUGCCAUAGUAGGACACAAUGGGUCGCAGGGAACCUGGAACCUAUCCUACGGAGCAUGGGGCACAAGGCGGGGUACACCCUGGACAGGGUGCCAAUCCAUUGCAGGGUACAAUCACAUAGAUGUUCACACACCCAUACAUACACUACGGACACUUUGGACAUGCCAAUCAGCCUUCCGUGCAUGUCUUUGGACUUGGGGAGGAAACUGGAGUACCUGGAGGAAACCCCAGCAACACGCGGAGAACAUGCAAACUCCGCACACACAGGGCAAUCGAACCCCCAAUCCUGGUGGUGUGAGGGUAGAACAUCAACAUCAAGAACAGUAAAAACCAACAAUAGUUGUGGUUGCAAUACCCCAUAAAUCACGAAAAUCGCAAAGCUACUUCUACUGCGAAGUCUCUAGAGGGCGCUGUUAACCUUAACCCGUUUUCCUGAGGUCAUAACCGCAUGCUACCAUACAUACAAAUUAUGUCUCUGGUGGAGUUAUUGAAGAUGCUCGGUCUCGGGGCAGUGGCUGUCGCAUUAGGCCUGGAAGGGUUGGACUGGUUGCUGACUCGGUGUCUCUGGCCCAGAAGAGUUUCCCGUCAACCCCUGAAGGAGGUUCUCUUCUUUCCUUCACCGCCAGCGUGUGUGGAGCACUUGUACAAUCCAGGCAGCCGUCAUCCAUGUCUGUGUCCCCUCCCUCAUGGCCUGAACACACCCUUCUCCAGACUCCUGGAGCACCUUCUCUCAGUGUGUGUGUCGCUGGACCUUUGUCUGUUCAACUUCUCCAAUGCUGAGCUGAGCCGGGCCGUGCUGCUGUUACACAGCCAGGGUGUGCGGGUGCGAGUGCUCGUAGAUCGAGACUACAUGGCUACCACUGGCUCUCAGAUUGGCGUCCUACGCAAGGCAGGUAUCUGUGUGAGGCACGAGCAGGGUUUCGUCAUGCUCAUGCAUCAUAAAUUUGCGUUGUUGGAUGGCAAGAAGCUGAUCACCGGUUCCCUCAACUGGACCCUGACAGCGGUGCAGAGGAACAAGGAGAAUGUGAUAGUGACCGAAGAGCCAGAGCUCGUCCGACCCUAUGAGGACGAGUUCAACAAGCUGUGGGAGGCCAACGACCCGACCAAACACCCAGCACAAACACACAGCGGGAAUAACACGAAGGGACUGCUGGCUCCCGCAAGAAACGAGUAGCUGGACACAGAGUUAGCUGGUUUUGACAUGUUUAAUUACUUUUGUUUUAUAUAGUAUGAUUUGAGUGAGAAGUUUUUUCACUCUGGCUUUGUUACAGAAUUUCAAGGAAAUUAUUACAAUUUUGUUUUACUUAUAUAAUUAUAAGUAUAAAUUAAUCUGUUUUAUUUCAAUAUGAUGUUUUCUUGAGUAUAGAUCUGAUUGGGUUUUUAUUAGAUCAUUUAAAUAUUUCAGGGACAUGGAGAUGAUUGCAUUACUGUUGUUUAUUUAUUUAUUUUUUAUUCUUUAACUACUUAUCCGCUUUUAUCCACUUCAGGGAUAUUGAACGGUGGACAUGCUAAAUACAUAUUGAUUGCCAUGCUCAGUAUCUGUUAUUGUGCUUAAAAUCUGAUUUGAUGCUGAGAGGGAAGAGAAAUCGUGUGUCCUACUUGAGGAGAACUAAACUGCAAUGACUCAAGCAAAAUAAAUCUGCUUUUAUUGGCAUAAAUCUGGCUUUGUGUAAAAAUACUCUCCUCCAGUUCUUUAGUGUCUUUUCAUCUGAAAUAAGCUUGAGUGUGUGUGUGUCGCAGCCAGGACUUUCCUUGCUCAACCCAGCUAUUCAGUCAUGAAACUGGGACCUCAAAUUAGAUAAAGUGGUUCAAUAAAAUAAAAUGUCCAGCCAAUAACCUCUGUAAGCCACAAUAAGAGUGAAAUAUUUGUGGGAUGCAUGCCAAACUGGGUAGCAUUUCAUUUUAAAGAGUCCGUUUGUGUUUCCUUAACCUGUAAUAAUCAUCUGAUUUCAAAGAUAUAUUUUUGAA